AUGGCACCCAAAAAGGUAGAAGAGGACGAUUUUAUUCUGACCCUGUCCGAUGAAGAAGAAUCUGCAACUCCAAUUGAGGAAGUGUCAGAACCCCCCUCGAAGAAGCGCAAACGGGAUAACGAUGCCGCCUCAAAAAAGAGCAAGAAGGCCAAGAAAGACGACGAAGAAGAAGAGAGUCACGGAAUAUGGGGCGCCAAAGACGAGGAUGAUGGAGCUAUGGACUCGGAAUUCGAGUUUGAGAUUGAGCAAGGAGACCAGGGAUUACAGGAAUUCGAGGGGUGGGGUUUUGAGGAUGCGAAGAAGGGAUUAGGUCGGGGGGACAAGAGGGCCACUGAUAUUGAUGAGAUUAUUGCGCGGAGGAGGGAGAAGAAAUCGGGAGGCAAGACAGAAGAGGAAAAAGUAGAUGUUGUGGGAUCCGAGGAUGUUGAGGAAGACGCGGAGUUGGAGCUCGAGCUGGAUGGGUCCGGUGAUGAGUUUAUGGCGGAAGAUGGCUUUGGGAUGGCUGUUGGGUCUGAUGAAGAGGAGUCUGGCGACGAAGAUGCUGCACAGGACUCGGAGCAAGAAGACGAAGACGAAGAGGACAAUUCGGACGACGAUUCGGUUGCUAGCCCAGCUCCUCAUCCUGACGAUGUCGCAUCAGAAGGCUCCUCAGAUGAGGGAGAAAAUGAGGAAGAUGCAGAAGAAGCAGCACGUCGGGAAGCUUUCUUCGCUCCGGAGGAGAAGCCCGCCAAAGGCGCUAAACCAGUUACGUUAACCUCUUUCCAAGGCAUGUCAUUAUCGAGACCGAUUCUUCGUGGCCUUGCUGCUGUAGGAUUUUCGCAGCCCACUCCGAUUCAAGCCAAGACGAUACCAGUUGCGUUGCUUGGUAAGGAUGUUGUUGGUGGAGCUGUUACAGGUUCCGGAAAAACGGCAGCUUUCAUUGUCCCAGUUCUCGAGCGUCUCUUGUACCGACCUAAGAAAGUUCCUACGAGUAGAGUAGCGAUUCUCAUGCCUACACGUGAACUGGCUAUACAAUGUCACGCUGUUGCUACGAAGCUGGCAAGUCAUACGGACAUCAAGUUCUGUUUGGCAGUGGGAGGUCUCAGUCUCAAAGUCCAAGAGGCAGAGUUAAGGCUCCGCCCCGAUGUCAUUAUCGCAACCCCCGGAAGAUUCAUUGAUCACAUGCGCAAUUCAGCAAGCUUUACAGUCGAUACACUUGAGAUUUUGGUUCUGGACGAGGCUGAUCGUAUGCUGGAAGCUGGUUUCGCAGACGAACUCAACGAGAUCUUGACUACCAUACCAAAGUCUAGACAAACCAUGCUGUUUUCCGCAACGAUGACUUCGUCCGUCGAUAAUCUCAUUCGUGUAGGUCUCAACAGACCAGUCAGAUUACUUGUCGAUGCACAGAAGCAGACUGUCGGUACUCUGGUGCAAGAGUUCAUUCGGCUUCGGCCAGGCAGAGAGACGAAACGGAUGGGAUAUUUGCUGUAUCUCUGCAAGAAUCUCUAUAGAGAUCGAGUCAUCGUCUUCUUCCGUCAAAAGAAAGAAGCUCACAGAGCUCGUGUCAUAUUUGGACUUUCUGGCCUUAAAGCUACAGAAUUACACGGUAGUAUGAGUCAAGAGCAGCGUAUUACAAGCGUAGAGUCCUUCCGAGACGGCAAAGCCUCGUUCCUCCUUGCCACUGACCUCGCCUCCCGUGGUCUAGACAUCAAAGGCGUCGAUACAGUUAUCAACUACGAAGCCCCGCAAUCCCACGAGAUCUACCUGCACAGAGUAGGUCGUACAGCUCGUGCCGGCCGUACAGGUCGCGCCUGCACCUUAGCAGCUGAAACGGACCGCAAGGUCGUGAAAGCUGCUGUGAAGAGCGCACGUGCUCAAGGCGCCAAGAUUGUCUCUCAGGUUGUCGAGGCGGCGGAGGCGGAUAUUUGGUCCGAUAAAGUCGACGAUAUGAAGGACGAAAUUGAAGAGAUCCUUGCAGAAGAAAAAGAAGAUAAAUUGCUCGCUCAAUCAGAGAUGGAGGUUAGGAAGGGUGAAAACUUGAUGGUUCACGAAGAUGAAAUCAAGGGCAGACCUAAGAGAACCUGGUUCGAGAGCGAGGUGGACAAGAAUGCGGCUAAGAAAAUGGGGCGAGCGGAACUGAAUGGCGCGGCAGCCAUUUUGAAGAAGAAGCCGGGCAAGCUCAGUAAUAAGGAUAAGAAGAAGUUGGACGAUAAGGAUAUGAGGACGGAGGGCAAGGUGUGGAAGAAGGGACGCGCGGAACGAGAUGGCAAGGGUGCGUUGGAGGCAGCGAAGAAGGGGAAGGGGAAGCAGAAGAUUAAGGGGGGGAAACCAGCUCAGGUGAAGGGCAAGUUUGCGAAGAAAAGGUAG